UGGAAUCCAACCCUUCCAGUGUCUUGUCGUCAAGGCUUCACAACCAUACCACCAGACGAUAUUCGACGGUGUCAUCCGCUGUCGACUCAUCGAAGGCGGCUCAUCCUUUGGAGCUAUCAGCCGCUCCCCCGUCUCCCAUAUCGCUUGAGAAAGUUCACCAUCACAUUAUAUCCGUCCGAUGACUUGAGUGUCACUCGCUUUCCCUCCGCUGCGGGGAGGAGACCCAGAUAUGGUCUCGGUCAACUCGACUGUUCUACAGGCAACAUCUCAAUAUACCGGCAGUUCUCUAUCUUCCCUGACAAAUUCGACGGCCUGGAAGGCUGCUGUCGGCAACCUUUCUACCUCCCUCCUCCCUUCCCCGCAACAGUUGUACAGUCUUCCGUUGCGGCUCGUAUCACGCCUCGAUCGCUUCGUCGUCCACCUCUUGAAUCAUUAUAUACUUGGCGCAUUCCUGUCUGUGGGAGGUGCGGGUGCACCUGAAGCUGUUGGAGCCAACGCAAUGGCAGAAGCCGCAGCACAGCCUGGUGUUAUACCUGCGCUGGUAGACCCGGCGGCCGAAAGUUGGGCCGCCUUCUUUGCCGAAGCCUUCCAAGCCAGCACAUUCAAGAGCUACUGGGGAAUGUUACACUAUUUGACUUCAAGAUGGUCCUUCACAUGUUUUGCAUUGGCUCUGAUUCUUAAUCGGGUCAACGUUUAUGGCGCGGCGAGACAUCGAUUAUACCUCAACUGGACCAGGAGACUUGCACUACGUAUAGUGCCUAUUUUACUCCUGACAAGUCAGAUCCAUUCUCUUCUCCAGGCUAUGCGAUGUCAGACCUCUCCGGACUUCUCACUCUAUCGACAUGGCGAUCUCAAUAAAUAUAGCCUCCUCGACUGGUCUACCGAUGGAGGUUCUUUGCAUACACUUUCAUCCACCAUAUUGUUCCGCUCUACUGAUGCUGAUGCCUGUGCAGCUGUUGGUAUGAGUAGGCCGAGCCCAAAAGUUCGUGCUCCUCGUGGCUCGUUCUCUUUGCUCUGGCCCUCAUUCCUCAAACUCGGUCUCUCACAUGUCACUGAAAGUCUUUCUUGCUCUUUACAGCAGAUUCCCACCAUGACAGAGGUUGGCAUGUCUGUAUUUGAGCAUUCACUUGCCUUCGCAGAGGCUGAGACCAUGAUAUCUCACACUCUCGGUCUUGGACUAUUUGGAAGCGGGAAACCUACCAGCGACAACAAAACUUCGACGAGUGGGAACUCUGCGAACUCUGAAAGUGCCGGUACCAUUCCAGCUUCUGGCACCAUCCUGGCUCUUGCUGAUGCAACUGCCUCACUCACCUCACCUCACAUAUUAGACAGAAUCAACGUCCCAGUCGAAGUACUCUUGGUGACGUUAUUGUCAUGCUCCAAUGCACUUUCAUCACAUAUAAUAGCUGUCUUGGGCAAACAACGUCAAUGGCGACUAAUUAAUACAGGAAUAUGGGGUAUUGCCUUCAUGGCGUCCUUCGUUUGGGGUUUCAUGACAACCAGCAUGAUGGUACGCAGCGGCGAGGAUGGCGAUGAACGACCUGUUAGAAGCCUCUUACAUUUCCCAACCGUCGCCAUCGUUGGCUUCCUCCCCCAUAUCUGCAUCCUUCUAGGGAUUUUUGUCUGCUUGGGUAUCUAUUUGGUUGCCUUGACAUUUACCGCUGCUUCUUUGGGGACGAAUCCACACAUACCUCAGCCUUCAAGCCUCAGAGAACGCUUCCGCAUUGCUCAUCACAACCUGCAGGCAGCGGUCCAAACACGAGGGAUUAACAUUCGCUGGAACGAAGACUUCUAUACCGCCCUGCUUCGAAUAGGCUUCGCGGCUCUUACGGCGGCCUCAGAGGCAGUCUUCUUAAAUGAAGGAAGAUCUGUUGAAGUACGGCAGUUCACAUGGUUGGAAGAAGAUAGACUCGAUGAGUUUGAAGCAAGUCACGACCAGCAUGGGGCAUUCUCCAAAAAUCAACAAUUCCAAAUCCUGGAAGAAUAUGGCUUGCCACCAGCCAGCCCUGGCGGAACCGAUAAAGGCGGCGUGUGGGAGUCGGGGUUUGCCAAAGAGCGCAAGUUUCAGAAGAAGGAAGGUGAAAUGUCCAGCAAGGAUUCCUUUGUCUACCCGACACCCCGUACUGGUGGUGUUGGUGCUGUACAGCGAACUACCCGCUUUUAUCUCCUGAUGAUCUAUUCACGUGGGAUACUGUUUCUGCUGGCGCAAUAUGUAAGCUUUGGACUAGGCGUUGCACUGGACAAUAUGGGAAUCACUUCACGCCCCAGAUGGCUGAGAAAGCUCGUGGGUCGAUCGCUGAAAAAGGCAAGACAGGAGAAAGAGUCUUUAAACCACGGACACGAUCUCGACCUUUGCUUUCUGACCGAAGAUGGUAUCCUACUCACAGCCGAGCAUCAGCAUGUCGAUAUCGAGCCAGGGAUGAGACGGCGUCUCCGGCAUUGGCUAGCACCUGAAUCCAGCGAGAAGAUAGAUGAGCUUCUUGACGCUGAGAUGUACGAAUGGUGGAAGUCUGGCGGUUGGUUUGGCACCAAGGAUGAAAGUGGUGACUACGAACCUCCCGAAAGAGAUGAAUUUGAUGACACAACCAGUGUAAUUUCCAUGGCCACCACAACAAACGAUAGUAUCGAUAGCUCCGGUGAGGGCGAGGGCGACAACGAACAUGCGUGGGAGUCCGAACCAGAAGGCCAACGAACUCCCACCCAAUCAGCUUUUGGUCCAACCUGGACCUUUGAUGGCAUCGCCAACCGACAAUCCACUCCAGAUAUAGUCGACUCCCCGCUUGAUGCUGCAACUCUAGCCAGACUCCUAAACCCACCAGACAAACAAACGCGCGAAGAAGCCCGAAUCCUCGCCUCCCAUCUCUCCGCGUCUCAAACCUCAGGAAUCAUGACCCGAUCACGCUAUCGCAGAGAAAUCGACAGCGAAAGAGCCCGCGUCCUCCUCGCCGGCCGCCUCCCCUACCCUUCCCGCCCACCAAACCAAACCCUCAACCCGAACCACCAAUCCUCUCAUUACGACAUAUCAUCCAUCCUCAACACACCUUCCCCCUCCCCUUCCUCCUCCAGCAACAUUAACAACCAACCCAACAUUCCCCGCCCGCUCACCACAAUGGAAGAAUCCGAAGUUCUCGAAUCUCUAAUCCUCAGCCGUCGCAAGAAACACGCCCCUGCUCCUCGUGCUUUAGGUCCAGAGACGAUUGAAGACGAGGCGAAUCGACAGGCCGGACCGCCUUGCGUCGUUUGUCAAAGUGCCGCAAGAACCAUUAUUGCUUGGCCAUGUCGAUGUCUUUGCGUGUGUGAAGAUUGUCGCAUUAGUCUGGCAUUGAAUAAUUUCGGGAAUUGUGUCACGUGUCGCAGGUCCGUACAUGGGUUUGUGAGGUUGUAUGUUCCGUAAAGGAGAGAGAAGGAGAGAGAGUGAGAGAGAGAGAUGAUGAUGAUGAUGGGGGAGGGGGAAGAGGUUUAUGAUUUUAUGGUGCAUGCAGGUUUGGACGUAUGGAGGUAUGGAGAGAUACGUGCCUGUAUGCGUGUGCAUGCGUGUCUCUGGUCUUUUAGCAUUUUGCGUUAUCUGUAUAAGGAUCGGGUGGUGUCUUGUAUGCUAUGCUACCUUUGCUAUGCUACGCGAGAGGAGGUGAGGCAAGACAUGGCGUCGCCUUCUCUCGAUGUAUAGAUGAAAUAACAUUUCAUCUUCUUUCA